GUCACAGGAAGUGUUGCAGCAGUUAGCUCGUGUUAGCCUCGUAGUGAUAAAGAUGAAGACCCCCCGCUCUCUGUUGGUCUCUGAGCGCUCCAGUUUCCGGGAUCAAAAGACCCGGAUAAAGUCUCAGGUGGAGCAGCUGCACUUCAACUACAAGGUGUCUGUGCUGCUCCCUGAGUGCUGCUCCGCCCCCCCUCACCUGGAUUCUAUCUUCAACACUUUCAACAGCUUUUACCUGAUCAGAAAUCUGCCCGUUUACGAACUACUGGACAAAAACUUUCUAGAGACCGCCGUGUACCAAGGGAGUGUGUAUGGUGUAUCCUACAGGACCAGGAUAGAUGAGGAUAACUGCGUCGCUCUGACGCCUAAAGGUCACCUGACUCUCUCUCUGGACAAAGACUCGUUUGAGAUGUUGGGUGUUGAAGGGAAACCGUCCAGAUUCAACCACAGAACAAAAUGCAGAUUCGUAGUGUCUGUGGAUUUGACUGACAGCAGCAUGGCUCCUGGUGGGCGGGGCUACCAGAGACUCCUGACAGGUCUGAGGUCAAGACUUCAGCUGAAGACUGACUUCCUGCUGUCACAUUAUCCAGGGGGUGGAGCCUCUCUUCAGGCCCUCCUGUCUCGUUACGAUUGGUCGGAGCACAGACCUCAGAUCAGCCAACACACUUUGACAGACCUGUCCUGUCCUGUCCUGCAGUCAUGUGACCCUCACAGCUUCAUGGAGUGGCUUGGAGCUGUGGACGCCAACGUCAGCUGUGAGAACUCGUCCAGCAGCUUCCUGUCCUCGCUCGUUUGUCCUGAGCCCAAGACGACCGUCAGCCGAGCUCUAAGCGUGUCCGUCUGCGGCCUGCUCCUCCCCCACGAUGUCCACCGCCUCAUCCAGGAGAUCAGGUGUUACCUGGAGCAGCCUCACCUGGAGUCCUGGGUGUGUCUGACAGUUCACGGUUUUGCUGACAGUCCUGUUUCGUGGGGUGAUAACGAGCACAGCGUCCUGAAAGGAGGAGAAAACUUCUACAGUUUGCUCAUGUUCCAGGACGACACCUACCACCUUCACCUGGCUACAGGAGCCCACGACACCUGUCCACCCUGACCACACCUCUCACCAGGACCACCUCUCCCCUCAGGCUGGGACACAUGUUCAAAGAUGAAACCUUGAUCAUCAGAUAUUUUCUGACUUUAUUUGUAUUUGAGUUUUUUUUAUUUUCUUGUUUUUUGUACAAAGAGUGAAAUUGAAGGAAAUAAAGUUUCUGUUAUUGUUGAA